AAAACACCCAAGCACAACCAAGACUCAAAUGAGCAAAUCAGUCUGUUUUCUGACGCCAUGGUUUCUUGUCUUCUUCAGCUGCUACUGAUCCUAUGGCCACUGUUCAUCUCUGCUUCCAUUGUUACUCAUCUUCCUGGCUUUCAUGGUCCACUUCCCUUCCACAUUGAGACUGGAUAUGAUGGUGUGGAUGAAGUGCAGUUCUUUUAUUACUUCAUAGAGUCUGAGGGAAAUCCAGCCCAAGACCCUCUUCUUCUUUGGCGCACUGGUGGCCCUGGUUGCUCUGCUUUCUCUGCCCUCAUUAUUCAAAAACG